UAUAAAGACAGAGAACUAGAUAGCUCCUGUCAUUCUUCUAAUAGACGUCAAUCGUUCACUAUGGAUAAAGACAAAGUUGAAAUAUGCGUGCAGGAAGGAAAAUUAACUGGUGUCGUGGAAAAAGGUGUUUACGGUGAUAACUACAUCGCCUUUAGAGGAAUACCAUAUGCGAAACCGCCGAUUGGAGAACUCAGAUUCAAAGAUCCGGUACCAGCAGAAUCAUGGUCCGGUAAUAGAGAUGCCUCAAAGUACGGAAACAUGUCCGUUCAAUUGAACCCUUUUACACACGAAAUUGAGGGCGACGAAGAUUGUCUCUACUUAAAUGUGUACACCACGAAAAUCGAACCUUCGAAGAAGCGUGCGGUAAUGGUAUAUGUACACGGCGGUGCUUUCUACCUGGGUUCCGGUGAUGCACUCUUCUACGGUCCUGAUUACAUCGUACGGAAAGACGUUGUUUUGGUUACCUUGAACUAUAGACUAGGCGUUCUAGGUUUCCUGAAUCUCUACGACAAAGUGGCGACAGGUAAUCAAGGUCUCAAGGAUGUGGUUAUGGCGUUACGAUGGGUCCAGAAAAAUAUAUCACAAUUCGGAGGAGACCCAGGAAAUGUUACUGUCUUCGGCGAAAGUGCUGGUGGAGCUAUCGUACAUUAUCUAACUCUGUCUCCGUUAGCGACAGGUUUAUUUCACAAAGCAAUACCACAAAGUGGAGUCGCAAGGUGUCCUUGGGCCUUUACCGAAAAAUCGAUGAAUAAAGGUUUUCGAUUUGCCGAGAAACUCGGAAAAGCGACCGCAGAUCCAAAAGUCGCUUACGAGUUUCUUAAAACAAUCGAUGCCAAAAAACUUAUAGAUACGGAACAGAAUUCUCUCUUAACACAAGCAGAGCGUGAACAGAAUUCCUUGAUAUUUACGCCCAGCAUGGAUCGCGAAUCAUCGAAUCCAUUUUUCACGGAAGAUCCAGAAACGUUUAUGCGUCGCGGAGUUAAAGUACCAUUACUUUUGGGUUUUACCAGUUGCGAGGGAUCUUUCAUUAUAUGCAGUAGCUUUAGAGGACACAUAAAUAAGGAGCAGCUCAAAAAAGUCGAUUCCAAUUUCAAAAACAUUAUAUUGCCCAAAACUUUGUCUACAUUGCCCAUUACUGCCGAUGAAUUGCGCUCUUUGUAUUUUGGUGACAAAGCAGUGUCAGAGGAAACUCUAAUGAAUUUCGCUGAUUUUCUCACCGAUGAGUUCUUUAUUCGUAAUAUAAUGGAAGUAGUGGAUAUUCAGACAAAGCUGAAAAAUGGUAUGAAAGCGACGUAUCUGUAUCAAUAUUCAUACAACAGCGAAACUUCUCCAAUGAAAAGAGUAUUUAACAUACAGGCUUCAGGUGCGUCUCAUUCCGAGGAACUGGGGUACAUGUUUUAUCCUAAUAUGAUAAAAGAUCUCGGUAUGUCACCACCUGCAGUUGAUUCGGAAGACUAUAAAAUGAUGAAUUGCCUAACGCAAAUGUGGACGGAUUUUGCUAAAACAGGAAAUCCAACGCCUGUUACAAAUAUGUGGUUACCGGUGACCGGUGACCGCGGAAAGUACAAUUACCUAAAUAUCGAUAAAAACUCGCAAAUGAAAAUCUUCCGUAAGGGAGAAGAAAGAUGGGAUUGGGAAGAGAAGAAAAAUAAGUUACGACGCUAAAUCUUUAUCUACGUUAAGACUGGGUUUCUUGGUGUUGUUUUCAAAUUUAUAAUAAAUAUUUUUUUCGUUAUUUUUUACUGACAUAAUUUGAAUUAACGGAAUGUAGGCACUAUUAUUAUUAUUUCCUUUAAAUUCAAGAGUGGUUUUAGUUAGUGGAAAUAUGUGGAUUAAUAAUUUUCGAACUACGGUAUAUUGACAAGAAGAUUCUCGCAAACUCAAUUUAAGAAGUACUAUAAUAAAUCAUACAAUACUAUUUGUCGGUGAAUGUCAAGUAACUUGAAUUGAAUACAAACUGAGGAUUUCUCCCUAAAGAGAAAUACUACUAUUAAAUAACUAAACUGUAAUGCAAAUAAAAUUAAAAGAAAUAAUAAAAUAUUAUUACACAUUUACAUUGUUAUUGCAUUAAACAGUGCGUGUUUCUUCGGCCGUUAAUACAGUAUACAUAUUGAAUCUAAAA